GCCUGUAUUGUCCCUUGCCUUUUGACAUUUCCCACGUAGGCUGGGAGUGUUGCAAAGUUUUCCUUCUCUUUCUUGCUCUUUGUCUGAGAUUUUCACAGGGCAACCAACAUAACCACAAGAGUCAGCUUGCUGGAAUCCUUCAGUCUUCCCCCACUCCACUUAUCUCGAGCAGGCAAGGAAGAAAUCAGCUCUUUACACUGAGGGAAGAAAAUGCCUUUCAGAUUUCUCAUUGUUUCCUUAUGCCUGAGGCAGGUCUGGUUGAUGAAGGGCCUGGGGAAUCCCGAUUACCCAGGCAAUGGUCGUGAGGAUUUCUUCAGAGAGGUGGCCGAAUCAGAUGGGAAUCGAGUGACUCAGCACCCCCAAGGUUUUGAACAUGUUGAGGGCCACGCUGACACCAAGCUGGACGCCUGGGGUUACGAAGUGGUCCAGGGAACCAACAAGCCUUUCUCCUACAUCCGAACCACCAACUCUGACUUGUCCAAAAGGCUCACCCACAGCACGGUGACCAACACGCGAGCACCCUCAAAUUCCUCACCAGGAAGGAACUGGUGUGCCUUUGUCAAAUCCAAAUUGUCCUCUACAGUGGUUUCAUGUGGAGUUGAGCGAUUUGUCCAGAGGGCCAUGGAAUCCUGUAUGAACGGGGUGGUGAACUGCCCAAAGGUGGUGUACCAACUGGCUCUAAGACCCAUGUACAAGGUGAAGCAGAUGAUUGUAACAUCCUUGGAGUGGAAAUGCUGUCCUGAGUAUACAGGAUCCAACUGUGAACACAAAGUUCCAACGGAACGGAUUGCAACAGGCUUUCUGGAGAAGAUACUGGGAGAACAGCAAACAAUCAAAGCAAUCAUAAAUCCAACAGAACACAUUACGUCAACUGACGACCUGCAGGACUUGGACUCGAAGCUGCAUCAUCUACAGGACGAUGUCUUUGCCACCACUGCCUCAACUCAGGCCUUUCAGGAACUACUGAACAACCUGUCAAAAAUUAGUCCCUCAAACAAAACCAAGGAAAACAGAACAGAAUUUCUCGUGCUUCAGGAUAUAUUAAAGCCUCAUGUUGAAAAUUACUUGAGACAACACCUUCAUUCAUUGUGGACAACCUUUAACAAAAGCCUGCAGAACCUCUCUGAUAUGGUCCUCAAUUUAUCAAAAGAUAUAGAAGUCAACACAAAGAAUAUUAAUGGGCUCUUGAAACAGCAAACACCUCAAAGGGAACUGGAGGAAAUUAACAUUAAGUUGCAAUCAAAACUUGACGAGAACACUGUGCGACUACAGAAGGUUAAAGACAUGUUAAAUGAUCAACAACAGAAAUUCAAUUAUCAAUUACAUGCCCAGAAGGUUAAUCUUGACCACAACCUAACCACAAUUAAAACAGAGACAGAUCUAAAAGUCAAGCGCAGCCAGAAGAUGAUUCAGAUGAAAUCACAUCUCCUGGAUAACGCAACAGCUGAGAUGAAGGAAGAACAAGGCAGACUAUGGCAACAAGUCCACACAUUAAAUCAUCAACUGUCAAAGAUCAUUGAGCUCAAAGACUCAAAAUCAUGUCCAUCAUGCAACGCAAAACAUGUCCAGCAGGUCCAAGGAUUGUCAAAACAGGACUUGGAUCACCUUAGGGAAACCAUUGAGAUACAUUCAAGGAAUCUUACACACUUAAACAGAAUCUGUGGAUUAUGUCAUCCUGUGUCAAAAGUGACUCCUGAUAUUGAGCAACACUUGGAGAAGCAAGAAUCAAGUUGUGCACUACUGGUAGCUGGCCUGAAAAGACAGGUUAAUCAAAAACUGAAUGACACUAAUAUGGUUUUGAGAGAGAACAUUUUGAAACUGAAUGUUUCCUUUAAUCAUCGAAAUUUAAAUCAGGAAGAACUUUUUUACAACCUUGACAAUGAUGUGAAAGAACUGAAACGCAAGUUAUAUAGCAUGCUAGAAGAUGACCAGAUUUGCGACUGUCAAAAGUUAAUUCAGGAUUAUGUUAUAGUUGUUAAUAGCUUAAGGAAUGAUAGUAACUUCAUGGACAAAAUAUAUUUCGAACUGAGUGAUCUUAAACAGCAGCAGCUUGACCUAAGAAUUAAUUUAAAUUAUUCUGUUCAAGAUUUGUUCAGGUCUUUGCAACAAAAACAUCAAGAUGUACAGAACAUCUUGUACUUGCACCAAAAAGAAGUUGGAAUGUUAACUGAAAGCAUCACAACACUCAAGAAAAACUUCACAAUGAUUAUGGGAGAAAUUAGCCAUUUGAAAAAAAAUGAUGCUACCUUGGAUUCUUGGAUUAAAUAUCUCAAUAGUUCCUUCAAUUCCCUUUUGGAAGAUACUUUGAGGCACACAGUCAUUCUGCAGAGUGUGACAGGGGAGGACAUACUGGAGAUCACAUCUGAAGGUGCAACAGAGCUCCAAAAGCUCUCUAUUAGCAAUUUAAAUCAAAACCUUAAUCAGACAGAGAAAGACCUUGCUAUCCAUAAAAUAAUUUUGGAAAACAUCAAUGAGAGGGUUCAGGUACUUGAAGAGUCAAGUGAUAAAAUUAAGGAAUUAAUUAGUGCUGAUCAUGGCAAAAACAUUUUGAGGGAAAACUCUUCGGAAAUAGCUGAUAGAGACCACCGUUCCCUUGAAUACAUGGAACCAAAUUACGAAGCAGUGGAAAAGGAACAGAUGGAUGAUUCAAAAUAUGACUCCAAUGAAGUAUCAAGCAUUAAAAAAGAUCUUGAGAUAUUGAAUUUGAAAGUAAUUAAACUGGAAGCCCAUUGUAAUGAGGACCGUUAUUACAACCAGAGCUUGGAACAGAUAAAGCAACUGAUGACAAAGUCUGUGGACACGGUGCAGUCAGACGUGUCAUCUCUGAAACAGCUUCUUGAUAGCCACAUCUCUGUAUUUCAGAAUCUCACUGGGAACAGGAGUAAUCUUUUGAAUGGGACAUUUCGUACUGGGCGAGGUGGUUUCGGCUUCAAGCGAAUGAGGAAAUGGCACAGGCAAAGUCACGAGGGCAACAAACUGCUGGGGUUUUAUGGAAAUGCCUCAACUGUAGUGAACCAAAGUAACAUUCCAGAUGUACAAGAAUCUGAUGUCGCAUUUUAUGUGGGACUUUCCAACAACUCUGGAACUGACUUGCCUUUAAAGUUUGACCAGAUAUUCCUGAACUACGGAGAUGCAUAUUCAGUGGAAAAGGGUUACUUCAGAGCUCCACUCAAAGGCAUUUAUGUGUUUGUGGCAACUGUGGAAUUCAGUCAUGGACUUGGUCUUAGUUAUCUUUCUGUUGAUGGUAUCCACACAAUAACACUUCAUAGUAGCAGGAAAAAACAUCAGCACAACAACUUGGCUUGGGGCUAUGCUAUCCUCCAGCUCAAUAAAGGACAACUGGUGCGGAUAGAGGUAAUACAAGGGACUGCAAGUCAACGGACUCCGCCAGAGACAACUUUUGGUGGAUUUCUGUUAUUUAAGACAUUUUAAUUACCCAUUCUGAAAAUAGGCAGACUACGAAUGGACUAUUCUGUCAAAUUCACAUUUGGAGGUUUCCAUUCUGGAAUUAGAUUCUCGCUGACCAACAUCCUUUACAUUGUUACACUAUGUUGACUCAAGGUUCAAAGGGCUGAAUGACCAACUCCAUCUUACUACUUUCCCAAUAGCUCAAGGUUGUGUUUAUUUAGGUUCCUGUAGAUGUAUUACAUAUGAUGCCGAAAUUACAAACAGAUGUGUCCAAUUGAGACAGUUUAUUACAAGAAAUGUUGAACUCCAUAUUAUCUAAUAGAUUGAUUGAUUUAUUGUCAUCACAUAUACCAAGAUACAGUGAAAAGUCUUGUUUUGCAUGCUAUACAGGCAUAUCUUACCAUACAA